CAAUAUCAACUACUAUAAUGGCUUCCAUUUCGGAAUUUCGUAAGAAAAAGUUACUGUACGUGUUCAACGUGUUUUUUGAUGUAAACCAAAGCGGUGAAAUUGAUCGGAAGGAUUUUGAGCUAGCAAUCGAGAAAAUCUGCGAGCUUCGCGGCUGGCCAUCUGGUAAUCCUAAGAAUGUUGAAACGCACGACUGCAUGUUUAAGAUUUGGGAAGGUUUGCGCUCCAAGGCGGAUAAAGACAACGACGGUCAGGUUUCCGUCGAUGAAUGGUGCAACAUGUGGGAUGCGUAUGCCAAAGACCCCAGCACUGUUAUGGACUGGCAACUAAGAUAUAUGAACUUCAUGUUCGACUUGGAGGAUGCAUCGCACGACGGGACCAUAGACGGGGACGAGUUUUCUAUCGUUUGCUCUAGCUACGGCGUCGACAAAAACGAGUGUCAAGAAGCAUUCAAGAAGAUGUCAAAGGGAGCCGUGGAGGUAAACCGUGACGAAUUUGCUGAAUUGUGGCGCGACUACUUUUCAUCUGACGAUCCAGCCUCACCCGGAAACUUCAUCUUCGGUAAAACAUCGUUUUAACGGAGCUGCCAUCUUUAAGUUGGCUGAGACUUGUGGAAAACCGAACGGAUACUAAUAACCGAUAACGAAGCCAAUAACGAUGCUGAUGAUACGGUCUCAAGCAUCUCUGAUGAUAACAAUGAUGAUUUCAUUAACCCGGAAGGAUUGCAGUAAAAGAAACCCGAGCAAAGAAAAUUCUAUCACUAGGUUUGUUUGAGAUUGAAAAAAAAAAUAAAUACAUGUGCUGUUUUCUAUCUACAACGUGGCUGCAUAUACCAGCAUUAAGGAUAACAUCUAAUCAAAAAACUGGUUUCAUCCGUCUCUGAAAGAGAGUGCAAGCCGCUAAACAGCUCUAGUCCAAAUAAAAGCCAAUCCUUUCUUUAGCGAUAUAAGUUGUCACAAUUAUUUGCUUCAAUAAUUUUCAAUUUGUGCUAUUGCUUUGCUUCUUGAUGCUUCUGGUUAAAAAUUCAACUUGCUGAUUUUUGUAACCUUCGGCAAGCAUUUAACAAACAAAUAAAAGCGCACAGCACAUCGUAGCACAAAUGCUAAUAAGCGAUGCAGUUUAUGAAAAUUAUAUUAUUAGGAUGCUUUUAGUUAACAAAAUACAAUUUCAGAAAGAAUGAAGUAUGAUGGUAAAACAAAGCAUUACUUCACACGACUACUAGCAAGGUGGAAGAGAAAGAAAUCUGGUUGGCUCCUUAGCCUUGUUUUUUGGAAAUGAACUCUCUUAUUAUUUUGCAGGUACACACCUUCGAAUUUGUAAAUUUGAUUUAUUGUUCAAACUCCUUUUUUAAAUAAAAUCAUUCAAACAUACAUACAAAAAAAAUCAGAAGAGAGAUCAAAUGUGUUGUUCCUCAAAGAGACAAAAAAUGUUUGACUCAAAAAAACUACAAUGCAGGUAACAAGUAGAAUAAACAAGCUGCGGCGCUUUGGAAUAUGUGCGAAGAAAAACAAAACAAAAAUUCUACCCACUCUUGUUUUGAACUUUUAUGCAUAAAUCAUUUAUGCAUAAUAAAUGUCUAAUUCAGUGUGAAUAAAUCUUGUGCUUAGUUCGAUUCAUUUUCUUUGAUGCUUAAAAUUCAGCAAACAAAUAGAAUGUAAAGUAAAUAUCCUGGGUCUUAGUUCCUGUUUUUACAUGGCAUUUGUCAAAAAUAAUUCGGCAAUUGAAUUUGUUACUAAACAACAUGAUAAUUGAAAAGAUUAUAUUUAGAGAGUUUAUUAAGAAACAGACAUAAGGACCUUUCUGAUGAAGCAGUAAAGUGAUGCUGACAGUUUUACAACACUCCUCCUAAAGGGUGGCUUUGUAAUGCUUAGGCGACUGACUUCUUAGAAAAUUCAAUUAAUAUUAUUACCCAAUAAACGCAGACACCUGGUGAAAGCAGUAGAGGAAAACAAACCAAUAACAAUCAAAUUGAAAUCAAACAUAUGAUUUUAACAUUCAUACUGAGCAAAUGGGCCGACCUAAUGCUCCAAUGAUAACAAUGUUAGUAGUAGUUGGUGUGCAUAUGUGGUAGAUCUUGUGGUGUAGAAAAAUCGUUGCACUCGAGUUUGAUACUUCAAGAAAAGUGUAUGUUUCCACGUACAUAAAGCUACGAUCUGUUAAAAAUACUACGGAACUCCAAAACAUGACUAUUAUGUCAUCUUUGACCGGAAACAAACUCCCUAAAGUAUCUUUCUUGCGCUUUGCUAACUUUUCCAACCAAUAAUUAUUCAUAUAGAAUUAUUAUAAUGACAAUACAUUCGUACGAAGUCAGAAGUUUUUAAGAAAGAAAAAUGUUAGUUCGUAUUCUAGUGUUCACCUACAGGGUAAUAAUAAAAAAAAAACAGUUUAUCUUUGCCACUGUUUUUUUCCCUAUUCUCCUCAAUGCCUAGCAUUCUUAUUUGAUUGUUUCUCUUUUCGUGUUCAAUUAGCGUCAAAUAACUAACUUUCCUGACACUUUAAAGCUGCAGAGCAUGAAAAUACCAAUGAAAUUGAUACGACUGGAAUGCUGACCGUGUCUAAAUUUCUUAGAUAAACCAAAUACAAUUUUAGAUAACAUAAUAAAUUAUGUUGCCAUUAAGCAACAGAGUCAAAACGGGUGCCAUGGCAGUCUUUCGUGUUUGUCGUCGUUAAAGAUACAUGGAAGUAUUUUCGAGCAUCGAUAUUUCAAGCACAUUUGGCAUAAUAGAAAAAAAGAUACAAUAGAAAACAAUUGUGACCUUUUAAAUGAUGCAAGAAAACAACACGAUUGUUUAUUGCAACAGUUUGGAAAGAUAGAAAACGAAUGGUAAAUCGCCAAAAGCCGUUUGAUUGCUCAUGCACCCGACUUCAACACCAUGCAAAUGUCAAUUUACAUUUUCUAAAACUAAAAAUCGGUCAAUUCAAUCUAUCUGUGUCGUAUUACCGUUCAAUGCGGUGAUUUUGUACAAGAUUGCAUUUAUGUGUAAUGUAUGUGCAAGUUGAUCGUAAAAUAAAUACUAAGAGCAAUAUGAUGAAGAGAAUAUGUGCCAUGCCGUGAUGCAAGAAACCAAUAUCAACGUUUAGUAAAACCAUAAAACUGUAACGGAAAACAAUAUCUAUAUUAAUGUUGAAUGUUAUCAAACUUAUCAAAUAAAAACAAAGAAUGUUCUGUCAAUGUUUUUGUGGCUCAGACAAGAGCGUGAAAAAAAUAUAAAUAAAAGAGUAUGUUGUGUGGUAGUAAGAUUCCCAUUUGGA